AACAACCUUUGCACAACCUGCCUUCCAUUUCCUUAAUAUUGGAAAUGGCUGACAAAAAUGUUUCUGUCCAUGAUAAAAUGUGACGUCUGAGAAGAAAAGCCACUGAUUUUACAUAUUCUUAAUAACUGGACAAGCCAAAUCUCAGCAGGAAGUGGGCAAACAUGGGGUCUGUUGCACGUGCCUUAUGUCUGCUGCAAUGUUUUUGGAUCCCAGGAUCAUGCCAUACACUCCAGACUGUAGGCCCAUGUACAGUCAACAGAGACACGGCUGCAUUUGACUGCAGUAGAAAAAAACUUACAUCAGUACCACAACAUAUCUGGAUGAAUGUGACCAAGUUGGACCUUUCUGACAAUCUUCUCGGUCUAACCCACACUGACAGCUUCAGGCAGCUGAACCUCUUCAGCCACUUGAUCACACUAAAUCUAUCAGGCAACUACCUCCCCCUAUUGUUAAAUGACCAUCUCUACAGCCUCCCUUCUCUCAAAGUAUUGGACGUAAGUAGAUGCAAGCUGAAAGCAGUGGAGGUAAGUGCUCUGAACAGCCUCCCCAGUUUACAGAUGCUCUUCUUGGGGGAAAAAACGUUACAAGGCCACCUGUCCAGUGCACUUGGAGACCUGAGAUUGAAUGACCGUCAGACAGUGGGAGAGGGAGUCAUGAUGAUCAGAACAAUAGAGGACAUAGUCCAGGAUAACCACAAUGAUGGAUAUUUUAAGAAUGUCAAUCAUGGAGACUCCCUUCGUAAACUACUGGAAAUGACUUACCAAGGAACCUCUACACAUCCUAAUUUCACAGCUAAUAGCACACUGACAGCAAACUCUUCAGACAGCUGGAAGGCCUUUGUGGCUGUCCUGGUGUCAACUAUCUGCCUCUCAAUUCUUAUUGCUGUGAUCGCCAAGUGCAAGCUCAUACACAAGUAUCUGGCAAGCUACAGACACUCCAGGCUCAGCGAAGUAGAUGCCACAAGUCAGUGUGACCCUGCAAACUUUGAGGUGGGCUUCUCGACACAUGGGGGCCCAGGGAUCCAGGCAGCUGCACCUACUAAUAACACUGAGGAAGAUGACGAUGGGUUUAUUGAAGAUAACUAUAUUCAAGCGAGUGAGAGUGAGAGAGCUGCAAGAGCAGCAGAACUGAAGGAUGAUGAUGAUGAUGAGGACGAAGAGGAGGAAAUUGAAUUCACUAUUGGUUAAAUCUAAUUGAACUAUUUAAUCUUAUUAAAUCUAAUGUAAAAUCUUAUUUGAUAACAGUUUAUAAUAAAAAGACUUGUGUCAAAUAUGCCUAAUGCCACAAACAAUGGCAGAUCUGUAGUUUAUCAAAACAGAUCAGUAAUGUACAUUAAUAUAUGGGCUAUAAAUAUGAAACAUUUAUGAAUCAAAGUUUAAUGACACUUAAAAGCACAUGAACUAAUGGUCUGUUUUUAUAAUGUUUAUUAUGGAAUAAUAUCAUGGUUCCCACCAUUUCUCACCAGUGAAAUUGUAUGACUGUGCUGUUUAUAAAUUGUUAAAAAUCAUUUUGAUUCAUGUUGAUUUGCUAAUGAAUAAUUCAGACUGAUUUGUGAAUCAUUUUGACCUAUUCAAGAUCUGACUCAAAAGAACCAUUUGCUCACAAAUCGGACAUCACUGUGGCUUGCGAGAAUGUUUAACUAUACACAAGAACAUUGUCUAGCAGAUAUUUUUAGAGCACAGGAAAACUAGAAAAAUGUAUAUUCACUAUAAAGAUUUGAUACAUUUUCAUGACUUUUCCAGGCCUAGAAAUCACUAUUCAAAAAUGUUGUUAAUGAAUUUUAUAACGAGGGUUACUGUUUAUUUAUUUUAAAUGAAAAUUUUAAUAAUCAAUUACAUUUUAAGAUCUGUCCUUCUUGAAUUUCUAUUUACUUAUCUCAGUUGGGCACUAUUACUUGUCUCCUUGACCAUCUACAUGAUGUAUUAUGUAUGUUUUACUCCAUUUCUAAAUUAAAUGGUAUUAUUGA